AUGCCUGCAAUUUAUAGUAACGCAGAGUAUUCUGAUAUGUUGGCUAUUUUUUAUGAAUGUGGUAAAAGUACACUAAAUGCUUCUCGUAAAUAUUUACAAAAAUAUCCAGAACGAAGACAACCUUCACGAGCUACAUUUACCAAUGUAGCAAAUACAUUGCACCAAACAGGCAAGUUUCCAGAUGGCCAUCGAUCAAGAAAUCACGCUGUUGUAGAUGAUUGUAAUACUGUUGAUGUUUUAGCUGCAUUUAGUUUCACACCACAGGCAUCAAUAAGAUCCGUAGCUCGGCAAACAAAUAUUUCUAAAUCAACAGUACAUCGCAUACUAAAAAACAAUUCAUUUCAUCCGUUCAAAUUACAUUGUGUUCAAGAGUUGAAACCAUCUGAUCCAGAAAGAAGACUGCAAUUCAUAUCAGAAAUUGUUAGCUUGUAUGAUCAAGAUAGCAAUAUAUUGGACAAAAUUUUAUGGACUGAUGAAAGUCUUUUUAACAAUAACGGCAUGGUAAAUCGGCAUAACGCACAUUAUUGGAAUGAUUCAAAUCCAUUUUGGACAAGAGAAACCAAGUCCCAAGUUCGAUGGUCCAUAAAUGUAUGGUGUGGUAUAUUAAAUAACACAUUAAUAGGACCUUACUUUUAUGAAGGGACGUUAACUGGUGUACGUUAUUUGAAUUUUCUAGAAAACAUUUUGCCAUUAUUGCUAGAAAAUGUUCCUCUUCAUACUCGGGAAUGUAUGUGGGUACAGCAAGAUGGUGCUCCACCACAUAAUUCCAAUAUAGUCAAAGAUUAUUUGAACAAUACUUUUCCUUUGCGAUGGACAGGUACGAACGGUCCAGUUAAAUGGCCACCACGUUCUCCAGAUCUUACACCACUAGAUUUUUUUUUAUGGGGAUAUUUAAAGGAUCGUGUUUAUACUGAGCAAUCUUCUUCACUCGAUAAUUUGAAAGAGCGUAUCAUUGCGGCAUGCUCGACCAUAACAUCGGAAAUGUUGAAGUCUGUGACGGCAUCAAUAUUAACACGUUAUGAAAAAUGUCUAUCAAAUAACGGUAGACAUUUUGAAAAUAUAUUAAAAUAA